CAGUAAAGCUUAUUUAGUUGUGCGCUUUUGCGAGAGAGCCAUCUAGUGACACUCGUGCGAAACAAGCCCAGUGCUCAGUGUUUUUAGUGAUUUGAUAUUGAUUUUUUAUAAAGAAAAAUGCCUGGACGUCCAAUUUGGCAGUGCGCGGGCAAACGCGAGCCAGAGAAGGAGGUUGAAGCCCAGAGAUGGAUAGAAGCUGUCAUCGGGGAGAAGUUCCCCAACCUGCCGUACGAGCUGGCCCUCCGUGACGGCAUCAUUCUCUGCAAGCUGAUGAACCGCCUCCAGCCCGGCAUCAUCACCAAGGUCAACGUGUCAGGUGGUGAUUACAAAUUCAUGGACAAUAUCAGUCAGUUCCAGAAGGCGUGUGUGAAGUACGGCGUGCCGGACACGGACCUGUUCCAGACCACAGACCUGUGGGACCAGAAGAACAUCGCCCUCGUCACACAGACCAUCUUCGCCAUUGGCAGAACGGCCUACAAGCAUCCCGAGUGGCGCGGCCCCCACCUCGGCCCCCGACCGGCGGAGGAGAACCGGCGCGAGUUCAGCGAGGACGUGCUCCGAGCCGGCGAGACCGUCAUCGGCCUGCAGGCCGGCACCAACAAGCUCGCCUCGCAGUCCGGACAGAACUUCGGCGCGUCACGCAAAAUUAUACUCGGAAGAUAGACUACUGUUAUAGUUUAUUGUAAUGUUAAAUGUAACUAUAUUUUAUGUUAAAAAUGAAAAAUAAUCGA